AUGUCGAGCGUGGACGCGGACCACGUGCGGCUGGCCAUCCAGUGCCUCACUGACCAGUCCUUCACAUCGCCCGCGCCCCGCGACUUCCUGCUGGACAUUGCUCACCAGAAGAACCGGACGCCGCUGCCGCUGAUCAAGCCAUACUCAGGCCCGCCUGACUGCCCCCAGCUACCGCCUGAAAUCCCUGCAGAAGAGGGUCUCCUCCACAGCAGGCAGGAUCACAGUCCAUCGCCUGAGUGUGGGCGCUAUGAGCAGCAGGCCCAGCGCUCCCACUUUGGGUGGAACCCAGGUACCCCCUCAGCACAGGCUGUGUCGGUGUCAGCCAAGGUGGGAGCGCCGGCAUCACUGGCGGGGCAGUACUUCACUUUCCAGAUCCCGUCCUCACAGCCCGCUGGGAAAUCAGCCACUCCCACGGUGCAGAACGUCCUGAUCAACCCAUCCGUGAUCGGCCCCGAGAUCAUCCUGAUCACCACCAACACGGUCCUGCCCAGCGCCGCCGACCCCAACCCGCUCAAGAGGAAGCACGAAGACGAUGACGACUACGACGCCUUGUGAGCCCUUCCAUGGCAUCCAGGGAGCCUUUCCAUGGGAUUCAUGGAACUUUUCCUGUGGGAUUCAGGGAGCCCUUCCCAUGGGAUUCACACAGACUCCAGGGGGUGGGAAUGGACAGGAAGGCCCCAUUUGGGCCUUGGGAGUGUGGAGGUAAAGUGCAGAGUGUUUGUAACCUGGUCUUGGUGUCUUGUGCACCUGGGGGAGGGGGCAGGGGUUUUCUUAUGUAUUUAUUUUCUAUUUUUAAAUGUAUUUUUACAUAA